UCGUUGUUGUUUAUUUCAAGUGACUGAAAUGUAAAAAAUGACACAAACCUGAAGAGUAAAAUGCAUCGUUGAGCGGUCCCGGAUAUCCCUGUAUUUACAAACACACUAAGCUAGCGCUGCUGUAUUUUUAUCCAGCAGGGAGCUAAUGCGCGGUGCUAAGGAGAUACUACCUGACGGCGUAAAGACGCUCUAACAGAUUUCCCUGAUAAGUAAGGCGAGGCUGUGAAGUGGGUCAGUCAUGCUUGAGACUACUACGGCGGGUGAAAACCGCCUUGACGGCCCUGAAAGUGACGCGAAGCAGCCUCCGAGCACCGCAACAACGGAAUACUGCGCAAAGUUGCAGCAGUGGAUGUGGCAGUAUUACUGGGGGUAUUCCAAUUGGCAGAACUGGGUGUCUCUUUCCGCCUUCCCCUUCCCUCCUCCGUGCUGUUUUCCUCCGCCGGGGACAUGCUCUCAGAUACCGGGUACAACUGCAUCGACAUCCGCCGGUGCGCAGCUAGGUUUUGACACGCUAAACCGUUACAGUUACCCCUAUCCCCUCACUUUCCCCGCAUCCUACCCCCACCCAGCUGGUGCCCACACAGAGCAGAACUCAGCUACUGAUGCCCGGACAGCCCAGCAGCAGAAUGGGAGUCCACCUCAGACAGGACGGGAGUACAUUAUCCCCUCUCCCCUCCAGAGGUUCCUGGCUGAGACAGUUGACUUCUUCAUCCUGUUUUGUGUGAAGGCCACCAUUGUGCUGUGGAUCAUGCAUCUGAGUGGGAUGAAGGACAUUACCAAGUUCAUUACCCACUUCAUCGUGGAGGAGAUAGAUGAGAACACGUCUAUGGAAGACCUGCAGAAGAUGAUGGCUGUAGCUCUGGUCUACAGGGUGCUGGUGUGCGUCUAUGAGACUAUCUGCAUUUGGGGUGCUGGUGGUGCCACGCCAGGGAAGUUCCUGCUGGGCCUGCGCGUGGUGACGUGUGACACAUCCACUUUGGUCCGACCAAACCGAGUCCUUGUAGUCCCGGCAUCUAAUGUCUCCCUCUCUGCCUCGGCAGUGCGGGCACUAAAUAAGAACUUCUCCAUUGCCUUCCUCUUUCCCGUCUUCAUCACUCUCCUCUUCUUCCAGCACAACAGGACUGUGUAUGACAUUGUGGCAGGGACCAUUGUGGUCCAGCGCAGAGGCAGAUAGCCCCUCCUCAGGCAGCAGACUCUCUUAUCCUGACAGGGUGCGGAGUGUCUUACAUUUAAACCAGAUACAAAUGAACCUACUUUGACAAAAGCAAUGCAUUAGCCCAUUUCUUCACUGGAUCAAUCAAGGACUGAAACGGCACUUUAAUAUUGGAUGCAUGCAGGUUUCCACCUGGUUCUUGAAUUCACAAGAAUCAUUUUUUAAAAACAGUUUAACAACUAAUAAGAUGUCAGGAACACUUUAACGUAUUGUAAUGUUUGUGUUUCAAACAAGUUAAUACUGAUAUUUAUGUUUGUGUUUGAUUUAGUUAUUAAUCUUCAACAACAAGUGAUGAAUGACCGUCAGAAUCAUUUCAUACUCAGAAAAGAGUUCUUCACACAGGGCUGUAAAGCUGGAUUAAGCAUUAUUGGGUGUUUGUUAUUUUCUUUAAGGUGAUAAUGUUGAAUUUAAAUGUUUGGUUUGCUAAAGAUUUCUUCUGUUACAUUCUGAAUAUUCUUGAGCACUCUGUGAAGAAAAACAAAUACCAGGCUUAUUUAUAUCCAUUUUUUGUGCCUAUGGAUAUUUUGAUGAAGAAGUAUUGUUUUGUUGUUCAAAAUAGCUUUUCAGUCCCCGGUGUAUGAGGUUCAAACACGAGAAAGUGUGUUUGUGUAUUCCCUGCUCAUAUUUCUCUCUUCUGACUUGUGACUCAGGGCAACUGUUUAGCAUCAGAUCGAAUGCCACGGCACAUGUCAGAUUUCUACUUAUGCAUAAUGUAAAAACUCUUAUGUUAUCAAAGAUUAUUAUCAAUUUAUUCACAUGUCAUAAUGGUGGCUAAACUGACCAGUUUAGAGUUUACUUAAACCCACAGUAUAGCGACUUAUUUACAUGAUUAAUGCAAAGUGUUAAGGCUGCUACCAUUUUUGAUUUAUGUUCUGAAAUACCAAUGCCGUCACUUUUGAAAGACUGAAAUAUAUUGAUAAAAGUAAACAUUUUGCAGAUAAUAUCUGAAUAAACCAGGCACAUUUUGAUGAAAAAUCAUAAACACAACCAUAUGCUGAUCUCGAAUUUACGAAAUAACACUGUUUACCACUAAGGAGGAAGACGUGGAAGAAUAAAUAAAAUAUUUGUAAGCUUC